AAAGAGAGACGACUCUGAAUCCAAAAAAAAAAAAAACUCAUUAAGUAAAGACAAAGGAAGAGAAGAAAGACGAUUUCUCGAAGAAGCUAUGGCGGAUCAACUCACUGACGAACAGAUCUCCGAAUUCAAGGAAGCUUUUAGCCUCUUCGACAAAGAUGGCGAUGGUUAGAUUACCUCUUCUUUUACGCCUUUGAUGGUUACAUUACUGGAUCUCGGUUUUUUUUCCAUUUUCGUCUUCUAUCGAUGAUUUAGAACGGUGUAUCUCGUCCUCCCGAGCUUUGAAUAUGUGUUUAUUAGUCGCUAAUCUCUUUAGAUUCGGAGGUUGCAUCACAACAAAAGAGCUGGGAACAGUUAUGCGUUCACUAGGACAAAACCCAACAGAGGCUGAGCUCCAAGACAUGAUCAACGAGGUUGAUGCAGAUGGAAACGGCACUAUCGACUUCCCCGAGUUCCUGAACCUGAUGGCUAAGAAGAUGAAAGACACUGACUCCGAGGAAGAGCUAAAAGAAGCCUUCAGGGUUUUCGACAAAGACCAGAACGGUUUCAUCUCCGCUGCUGAGCUACGCCAUGUGAUGACCAAUCUUGGUGAGAAGCUAACUGAUGAAGAAGUGGAAGAGAUGAUCCGUGAGGCUGAUGUUGAUGGAGAUGGUCAGAUUAACUAUGAAGAGUUUGUCAAGAUUAUGAUGGCUAAGUGAUUUGAUAAAGGUGAUGAUGAUGAUGAUGAUGACCUUUUUAUGCUUCUAGGAGUUUAACCAAAAACAUUUGCAUGAUUGGUGGAGAUAUGCUUUUAAACAGACAUAAUUUGUUUUUCGUUCUUUUGAUUUUCUGGUUUGUGACUUUUGUGUGUAAUGGAAAAUCAAGUAAGUUGGAUUGAAACCGAUGGGUUGGGUUUUUACUUUUUACCCACAUUUUGUUGCUUUUUUGGUUUUACAAAAAA